AUGAGCCAGAAUAUGGAUAUGUAUGAAAGUGAAGAGGUUGAAUGUGCAGAGUGUGGGGCGGUUUUUGAUAUAGCGGAUCAUCAAUAUCAUGAGUGUGACAUAGCAGGAGCCAGCAAACAAAACAUUUAUACUGCCACCCAAAAAACAUCGGAAGAUACUAAUGUGGCUAAAUUUGCGGAAGCCAUUCAGGCACGCCCUGCUCUUUGGGACCAUACCUUGCCUCUCAAGGAAAGAGGCAAAGAUAUUAGGGAACAUUUUUGGAGGGAGGUGUAUGAGGAGAUGGAUGGGUUGAUACCCCUAAAUCAGAUGGAGAAAAAAUGGAAGAACCUUAAGGAUACUUUCCUUAAACAUUUAAAAACAUAUAAGCCAUCAGGAGCAGGGGCUGACGAGAAAAAAAAAUGGAAGCACUACGACAGCCUCAGUUUUUUAACUGACAUUAAUUUGAACCGAGUAACAUUUGGUAAUUUUGCUCCAGUGGAAGCAGCUGUGAAUGUGGAUCUUUUGUCGCCAACAUCCAGCACCUCAAGGUCACUACUGAGCAAUUCCGACACACCAUCCAGAAUCAAGAGACAAAAAAAGAGUGAUGAAACUGAUCAAAUGUUAUUGGAAGUCUUAAAGCAGCCAACACCUAAGAAGGAAAAUUUAACUACAAUUAGUCCUGUAUUGAUGGCAGUACAGGAAGUUCUCAAUAAAUUACCAGAAAAUGUUAGGAUGAAGGCAGAAAUAGAUAUAUUAAAUAAGGUGUAUCAGCUACAUGCUGAAAACCAAGUACUAUAGUUUCUUUAAUAAAAUCAUUUUUUUGCUAAUCAUAUUUUAUUAAUCACCAACAAUAAAAAAUCUAAUUAUAGAGGAGGUAAGAACUAUCUCUGUAUACAAAAGUGUCUCUCAAAAUGUCACAUAUGGUUACCCUAGUUUAUAUGUCAGA